CAUUUCUUUACAUUAUUUCAGUACUAUCCCUGCAUAAUACUAAUAUAAUAAUAUCACUAGUGUUCCCUUUUCUAUUGUAGUAGAAUAAUCUCAAGAACAUUUGUCUGUCUGAACGCACUUUUCAUCACUCGUGAUCCUUUUUAAACUAGUCUAGCAUUCUCUCUUUCCAUCUCUAAUGGCUGCUACUGCUGCUACUGAUCAAGAUGAGAAUAGCAUCCAAGACGAGCUCUCCCACCAAAUCCUUCUCGCGGAACGAGUCAUCAAACUCGCCCAAGAAGCCGAGUCGUCCAAACUCGAAUGCUCUGACCUCGCUAAACAGUCCACCCAACUCGCUCACCUCCUCCGAUCUGUCGUCCGACUCACCUCCUCUACUCAGUCCUUAUACGAACGCCCCCUCCGCCGUAUCAUUACUGACAGUUCGAUGAACCUUGACCGUGCGUUGAAACUAGUGCGCAAGUGCAAGCAUGGUGGAGUUCUCCGCUUGGUCGUUGCUAUUACCACCACCGCUGAUUUUCGUAAAGUCUCGAACCUUCUGGAGUCUUCUAUUGCAGAUAUCAAAUGGUUAAUCUCCAUUUAUGAUUCUGAAUCUGGAACGAAUUUGUCGCUUCCCCCAAUUGCGAGUAAUGACCCGAUUCUCGCGUGGGUUUGGUCUUAUGUAGCUACUAUUCAGAUGGGUCAGCUUAAGGACCGUGUAGAUGCCGCCAAUGAGCUUGCUUCGUUGGCUCGAGACAAUAACCGGAACAUGAAAAUUAUAGUGCAGGAAGGUGGGGUUGCGCCGUUGCUUAAGCUUUUGAAAGAUGGGGCUUCUGCUGAAGCUCAAAUGGCGGCUGCUACUGCUCUUUAUAACUUAGGGACUGAUCAGGAGAAGGUUCAGGCAAUUGCCGGUGAGGUUUCAGCAGUUCCGAUUGUGGUUAAAGCAAUUGGGGAAUCUCCGAUGAGGGUUCAGAUUGUGUUGGUGAAUUUAGUGGCUAGAAUGGCGGAAUUGGAUGAAGGGGUCCGGGAGGACUUGGGAAGAGAGAAUGUGACUAGGCCGUUGGUGACUUUGUUGGGAAUGGAUAUUGUUGUGGAGGAAGCCAAGGCACCCUCAGGUAAGCCUAGUAUACAUUCACUUGUUCAGAUAAAUAAGGAAGUUACUAAGAAAACUUUUCAUUCAAAUUCUUCGUCGUCAUUGUCAUUGUAUUCUGAUGGGAGUAGUAGAGGUGGACGCAAGGAGAGAGAAGCCGAGUCACCUGAUAUGAAACACAGGCUUAAAGUUAGUUGUGCAGGGGCAUUGUGGAAGUUAGCCCAGGGAAGUUUGUUCAAUAGUAGGAAAAUUACUGAGACAAAAGCUUUAGUUUGUCUAGCGAAACUCAUUGAAAAGGAGCAUGGGGAGUUGCAACUCAACUGUUUGAUGACAGUGAUGGAGUUGGCUGCAGUGGCUGAAGCCAAUGCUGAUCUGAGACAAGUGGCUUUUAAGCCCAACUCCCCUGCUGCUCGAGUGAUUUUAGAACAGCUCUUGAGAGUAAUUAAUGAGGAGAAUAGUGUACACUUGUUGAUUCCCACUAUAAAAUCGAUAGGGUCCUUGGCGAGAACCUUUCCUGCAAAAGAAACUCGAAUACUUGGCCCUUUAGUCACCCAACUUGGGCAUAAGAGUGUUGAUGUGGCUACUGAAGCUGCUAUUGCUCUUUGUAAAUUUGUAGCUCAAGAUAAUUUUAAUUGUGUGGAGCAUUCAAAGGCGAUAAUCGAGGCUAAUGGGGUGCCACGCCUAAUGAAUUUGCUUAAGAGCAAUGAUCGGUCACAGAAGCACGAAUUCAUAUUAUUGUGCUGCCUUGCAAUACAUGUCAGUAACAGCCCUGCGCUUGAACAAGCAAGAGCGUUGAGUGUUAUAGAGGGGGCAGCUCGGUCUAUGUUGGCUCACCAUCCCGAACUAAGGGAGCUGUUCGCAAAAGCUGUAGACCAUCUCACUCUCUAUCAGCCUGGUGCUCAUUCCCACCAUAAGCACUCUUAUGUACCGUAAUGUUUUCUGUGGAUUUUUUCCUCAUUUUCAAUGUGUUUAGCAUAGUCUCUAGCAGGCUCUCGACAUCGUUUGAAUGUUGUUCAUAAAAAUGGUCAGUCCAUCCCGCACAGAAUAGGAUGCUGGGUUCCCCGAUGAGUGUGUACCUGUGUUUGAUUGUGUGUUUAAAAGCAGCAGUUCUUUUGUUUCUCA